AUGGCAAUAGUCUCUCUUGCGCCAAGACACAUCCAUGCCAUAGCGCCUUCUGCAAUCGCCCUCAACAAACCAGCAGCUUCAGUGCAGGCGGCAAGUACUGACAAUGGGGGCCUGGUGACCGAAGGUGUAGCCACGCUCGAUGGGUUGAACCUUGAUGCGAUAGCAGAGGGUCGGUCCGCAGAGUCCCUCAUUUCCACGUCUAUCCCACAGACCAAUUGGGUCGCUACAGCCGAUAUUUAUCAGCCUGGUUUCCCUCCUUCCAACGUCCUGGACGGCAAUCUGAACACAUUUUGGCAUACGACUUAUACCGUUGGGCUACCGUCUUCAGCUAUGAGUGGAGCUUCCCUACCACACGCGCUGACCAUCGACAUGGGCCAGACUUAUCUAAUUAACAGCAUUGCGUAUAUACCACGCCAGGAUGGUCCAAGCAACGGCAAUAUCGGGGAGCACCAGAUAGUUCUGAGUGUAGACAAUGGCACUUGGACUCCAGUUGCGUUGGGCACAUAUCAGGACAGCAAUAGCACCAAAACGACAAUAUUCGAAGCCUCUUAUGCCCGAUAUGUCAGAAUCAUUGCCCUAACAGAGGCGGGAAGCCGAGGGCCUUGGACUAGUUGUGCAUCCUUCAAUAUCUUCGAGACCAGCACGCCUUCCCCAGCCUCAGGCGAGGGAGAGUGGAGUCCUACCAUAGACUUUCCCCUUGUCCCCGUCUCCGCAGCAAUUGACUAUAGUUCUGGAAACAUCCUUGUGUGGUCAUCGUGGGCUGCCAGUACCUUCGCUGGAAGCGCCGGCAAGAAUACGCUCACUGCCACGUACAAUAUGACCACAGGACUAGUUUCCCAGCGGAACAUUUCCAAUACAGACCACGACAUGUUUUGUGAAGGCCUCUCUCUAGACGCCAAGGGUCGAGUCGUUGCAACAGGUGGUAAUGAUGCUGCCAAAACGAGUAUAUAUGAUCCAGAAAUGAGUUCAUGGACAGCAGAAGGACAUAUGAAGAUCCCUCGCGGCUAUCAAUCUAUGGUCACACUCUCCAACGGCAAUCUUUUUACGAUCGGUGGGUCCUGGAGUGGGAACGAGGGCGGCAAGAAUGGGGAAAUCUACAACCCAUCAACGAAUAAUUGGACCCUAGUUCCUGGUGCACCAGUUGCUCCUAUGUUGACCAACGAUGCGCAGCUCGUAUACCGUGCUGAUAACCAUGGAAUGCUCUUUGCUUGGAAGGGUGCAUCGAUCUUCCAGGCAGGACCGAGCAAAGCUAUGAAUUGGUAUGGCACCAAUGGAACGGGCAGCCAGGUAGCGGCGGGGGAUCGCGCUGAUGGCGACGCCAUGUGCGGAAACGCGGUCAUGUAUGAUGCUACGGCAGGAAAAAUUCUGGUAGUCGGUGGGGCAAUUGAUUACCAAGGCGCCAAUGCGACGGCAAAUGCCAGUAUCAUCACGAUCGGUACCGCGAUGAGUGCAGCCACCGUCCAGACAAUCAGCCCAAUGUCUUACCCAAGAAUCUUCGCCAACGCGGUUGUACUUCCCACAGGAGCAAUUUUCAUCUCGGGUGGCCAAGAAUAUGGUAUUCCCUUUUCUGACAACGGCAGCCAGCUUCAACCGGAAAUGUGGGACCCUGUGUCUACCAAUUUCACAAAACUCGCACCCCAGGCCAUACCGCGUAACUACCACUCAAUCGGGAUCCUCCUACCGGACGCCACUAUCCUAUCCGCCGGGGGUGGCCUGUGCGGAGCCUGUGCGACAAAUCACUACGACGGCCAGAUCUACAGCCCCAGCUACCUGUUCAACCCCAACGGCAGCCGGGCCAUCAGACCGGUCGUAGAAUCAGCUCCCUCUCAAGUCAGCGUCGGCGGAACUCUGAUAGCGACCACAGACUCGCCAGUCACCGCUUGGGCCAUGCUUAGACUCGGCGCGACAACGCAUACCGUGAACACGGACCAGCGGCGUAUCCCGUUGAACGCCACCGCCAACGGCACCACUUACACCAUGACGUUGCCCCUCGAUCCGGGCGUUUUGAUCCCCGGCUAUUACUAUCUGUUCGCGAUGGGUGCGGGGGUUCCCAGUCUGGCGAGGUUCGUGUCGGUCCCUGUGCCUUGA